UAGCGCCAGCAGAGAGGCACCAGUUGAGGUGUGAGCAGCUGCGGGAGUCGGUUCCUUGUGGGGUCAGAGCUGGGCGCGGAUUCGCCGAGGCACUCAGAGGAGGCGCCAUGUCAGAACAGGUUGGGGAUGUCCGUCCGAACCCAUCCAGCAGCAAGGCCCGCCGCUGCCUCUUCGGCCCGGUGGACAGUGAGCAGCUGAGACGCGACUGUGACGCACUGAUGGCAGGCUGCAUCCAGGAGGCCCGUGAGCGAUGGAACUUCGACUUUGUCACCGAGACACCACUGGAGGGUGACUUCUCCUGGGAGCGUGUGCGGGGCCUUGGCCUGCCCAAGAUCUGCCUUCCCAAAGGGCCCCUGGGAGGAGGCAGGCGGCCUGGCACCUCGCCUGCUCUGCUGCAGGGGACAGCGGAGGAAGACCACGUGGACCUGUCGCUGUCUUGCACCCUUAUGCCUCACUCAGGGGAGCGGCCUGAGGAGUCCCCAGGUGGACCUGGAGACUCUGAGGGUCGAAAACGGCGGCAGACCAGCAUGACAGAUUUCUACCACUCCAAACGCCGGCUGAUCUUCUCCAAGAGGAAGCCUUAAUCCGCCCAGUCCUGGAAACGCGAGGGCGUCUACACCUUCUGCCUUAGUCUUUCAGUUUGUGUGUCUUAAUUAUUAUUUGUGUUUUAAUUUAAACUCCUCCUCAUGUACAUACCCUGGCUGCCCCCUGCCCCCCAACCUCUGGCAUUAGAAUUAUUUAAACAAAAACUAGGCAGUCGAGUGAUAGGUUCCUCGGAGUGCUGGGCAUUUUUAUUUGAUGAAAUACUAUUUAAAACUUUCUCAUCCUA